GUCUUCCCCUGACACUUUGGCAAUGUUUGUGAAAACCCUCUUCUCCUUCCCCUUCCUAACUUCGGCAGAAAGUUAUUGAAAAAGGGCCUUACGCAGGGUUACGCUUUGUUCUGUUUCCUCGAGAAUUCCUUGUAGUUUCCAACCGACGCAAACAAUAUAUAUAUAUAUAUAUAAGCCCAAUUAUCGUUCAUCAUCUUCCUCAAGCAAUUAAGCAGCCUUCAUUCAAAGACAUGGGAGAAGCUCAAACUGGAUGGAUGUUCGAUGUGUUCGUAAGUUUCAGAACUGAGGACACUGGCAAAAACUUCACUGAUCAUCUAUACACUGCUCUGGAUCAAAAGGGAAUUGUCACCUUCAGACACGACGCACUUGAGAGAGGAAAACCCAUUUCCACAGAAAUUCUGAAAACGAUCAGAGAAUCGAGGUUUUCGAUCGUUGUCUUCUCAAGAAGCUAUGCUUGUUCAAAUCGGUGCUUGGAUGAGCUUGUGGGGAUCCUUGAGUGCAUGAAAUCAAAGGGUCAGACCGUUUUCCCAGUUUUCUAUGACGUGGAUCCAUCUGAUGUGCGCAAACAGAAGGGUUGUUUUGAGAAAGCUCUUUGUGAACAUGUGCAAUUCAUGGACAAGGUGGAGAGCUGGAGGGCUGCACUGAAAGAGGCAGCUAAUCUCUCUGGAUGGGAUUUGAAGAACAAGUUCGAGUCAAAAGUUAUCCAAGAGAUUGCUGAAAGGAUAUUCAAUCAAUUGAGCCAAGAGGUUUCAAGUGCGCUCACGGAUUUAGUUGGAAUAGAUUCCCUCGUCAAGGAAAUGAAUAUGUACUUAGAUACGGGGGUGGAUGAUGUUCGCAUUACAGGAAUCUGUGGGGAGAAAGGAAUAGGCAAGACAACUAUUGCUCAAGCUGUUUUUGACAGUCUGUCUGUCCGAUUUGAUGGUAGCAGCUUUCUUGCCAACAUAAAAGAAGUUUCUGAAAAACAAGGCCUAGUUCCAUUACAGGAACAACUUAUUUCAGAAAUCCUCAUGGCAAGGAAUAUGAAGAUAAGGAAUGUUCAUAGAGGCGUCAAUACAAUCAGAAACAGCCUAUGCCGUAAAAAGAUUCUUCUUGUUCUCGAUGGCGUGGAUCGAUUAGAACAACUAGAAAACUUAGCUGGAAACCGUAAUUGGUUUGGUGCGGGAAGUAGAAUCAUAAUAACAACCGGGGACGAAAACUUGUUGAUCAGAUAUGGAGUGGACAGAAAAUACAGAGCAGCGGAGUUGAAUCAUGAUGACGCUCUUCGGCUCUUUUGCUGGAAAGCCUUUAAGCAAGGCCGUCCCCCAGAGGAUUAUGCAGGACUAUGCAACCUCGUUUUAGAUCAUGCUAAGGGCGUCCCUUCAGCACUUGAAGCUUUGGGGUCGUUCUUGUUUGGUAGGAGUUUACCCGAAUGGCAAGGUGCCGUGGAUAGACUAGCUCAAGUUCCUUGCACGUGGGAUUACUUAAAAUGAAUUUUACCUUUUUGUUUCUUAGUAUUGGAUGAACAAAGUUUGUAUAACUCAAAUAGUAGUCAGUAGUGGCAGGCGAUGGCAAUAAUCACAGGAUUCUGAACCCC